UGGCUAGCGUUGGAGGGCGGGGCCUUCCUGUCAGGUGUGGGCGGAGCCAAUAGGGAGGUUGGUUGCUUGAGGAGGUGGGGGAGAAGUGUGGAGAGCAGAAGAGGAAGCCUUGGCAGAAGAUGGGGUGGAUCCCAGAGCAGCUGAAGUUUUCUCGUCGGGGACCCACUUGAGCCAGUGUCAGUCAGCGAGAAGGGAAGCAAAAAAAAGCCUUAUUUAUUAUCAUUUUCCCCACUGUUGGCAUGGCAACACAGGCGUACGUUACUGAGCUUCAGGCGGCCCCACAACCACCACAGCCUCAACAAGCCCCUCCACAAUCUCAGCCCCAGCCACCACCACCACCACCACCACCACCACCACCACCACCAGCGGCCCCUCAGCCACCACCGCCGCCACCUCCGCCACCUCCGCCACCUGCUGCCUCCACCUCCCAGCCACAGUAUGUUAGUGAACUGCAGAGCCCACAGCCCCAACCUGCCAGCCAGAAACAGUAUGUGACUGAGAUCCCAGCCCCCCCAGCACAGUCACAGCCCAGUGGCCAGCCUGCCCCAGCCCCGGCCCCUCAGCAGUUUAUCGUGGUGACAGUCUCGGAAGGGGCCAUGAGAGCAAGUGACACUGUCUCAGAAGCAAGCCCAGGCUCCACAGCCAGCCAAUCUGGAGUGCCAACACAGGUGGUCCAACAAGUCCAGGCCACACCACAGCGAUUGCUGGUCCAGGCUAGUGUGCAGACCAAGCCUGGUGCCGUGUCCCCUCUGCAGCUUACCAGCAUCCAAGUGCCCCAGCAGCGGUUAGUGGUGCAGAGCACAGCUCAGGCCAACAAAGGGGGCCCAGCUUCAUUAGCUGUCCAUAGUGUCCAACAAGUGCACUCUCCCCCAGAGCGUUCACCAGGACAGGGGAACAGCUCCACCAGCAAAGCUGGCUCCGUGCAGCAGCUCCAGGUGCACAGUGUCCAGGCCGUCCCUGUCACACAAGAGAGAUCCGUCGUGCAGACCACUCCACAGACACCAAAAUCAGGCCCAGUGCAGCAGCUGACAGUUCAAGGGUUGCAGCAGGUCCACGUCGCUCAAGAGUGCUCAGGCAGUCAGUUCCCCGCUAGGAAGGGAGAGCAGCAGGAGCCAGCAACAGAGCCGCCUGUGGUGCGGGCCGAGCCGGGCGAGCGGGCUGGAGAGACGCCCCUGCUGUUAGAGUGCACUAGCGAGACCCCGCAGUUAGGCAGCGGCAGCCCGGAGCCCCGGCUCCAUUACCUGCCCGCGGCAGCGGCGGCGGCGGCGGCGGCGGCAGCGGCCGAGCCGGGCUCUGAGCAGUGGGUGGAGCUGGUGCGCGUGCUCCCCCAGCAGCUGCUCCUGCCCCAGCAGAAAGUGGUGAUCGAGCCCCUCCCGGGGCUCUCCUCCCGAGCCAGCCCCGACCAGAGAGUCAGGAUCCAGAGAGUCCCCCAGGUGCUAGUGUUCGGCACUGCAGCCACAGCCCUGAAAGUGCAACAGCUCCAGCAGGUGCCCGUGCAGCAUGUGUACCCCAGCCAGGUUCAGUAUGUGGAGGGCGGUGAUGCCAGCUACACAGCCAGCACCAUUCGCUCAGGUACCUACCCCUACACAGAGACACCACUAUACACCCAGAAUGCGGGCACCAGCUACUAUGAGUCCCAGGGCACAACUGCGCAGGUCAGCACACCUGCCACCUCACAGGCUGUGGCGAGUAGUGGCUCAGUGCCCAUGUAUGUGUCGGGUGGCCAGAUCGUCACCAACUCUAGUGGCGCAAGCAGCGGAGGGGGCGGCGGGGGCGGCGGGGGCGGCGCCGGCACCUACGUGAUCCAGGGCGGCUACAUGUUGGGCAGCUCCAGCCAGUCGUACUCUCAUACCACCCGUGCCUCACCAGCCACUGUCCAGUGGCUGCUGGAUAACUAUGAGACGGCAGAGGGUGUGAGCCUCCCCCGCAGCACCCUCUAUUGCCACUACCUCCUGCACUGCCAGGAGCAGAAGCUAGAACCUGUCAAUGCUGCCUCCUUUGGCAAGCUUAUCCGCUCCGUGUUCAUGGGCCUCCGCACUCGCCGGCUUGGCACCAGGGGGAACUCCAAAUACCAUUACUAUGGCCUGCGUAUUAAAGCCAACUCUCCACUGCUCCGCCUGAUGGAAGACCAGCAGCACAUGGCCAUGCGAGGCCAGCCCUUCUCCCAGAAACAGAGGCUUAAACCAAUCCAGAAGAUGGAGGGCAUGACCAAUGGUGUGGCCGUAGGACAGCAGCAGGCAGCAGGCCUGUCUGACAUCAGUGCCCAAGUCCAGCAGUACCAGCAGUUCUUGGAUGCCUCAAGGAGCCUGCCAGAAUUCACCGAGCUUGACCUACAGGGCAAGGUGCUACCUGAGGGGGUUGGACCUGAAGACAUCAAGGCCUUCCAAGUCCUGUACCGGGAGCACUGUGAGGCCAUUGUGGACGUCAUGAUUAACCUGCAGUUUACUCUUGUGGAGACCCUGUGGAAGACCUUUUGGAGGUACAACCUCAAUCAGCCCAGCGAGGCCACCCCCCUGGCUGUCCACGAUGAAGCAGAGAAGCGGCUGCCCAAGAGCAGCCUGGUGCUCCUCUCCAAGUAUGAGCCUGUGCUCAAGUGGACCAAGGACUGUGACAACUUGCUAUACCAGGGCCUGGUAGAGAUUCUUAUCCCUGAUGUGCUGCGGCCCAUCCCCAGUGCCUUGACACAAGCAAUCCGGAAUUUUGCCAAGAGCCUAGAGAGCUGGCUCACCAAUGCCAUGAUGAACAUCCCUGAAGAAAUGGUUCGGGUGAAGGUGGCUGCAGCCAGCGCUUUUGCCCAAACACUUCGGCGCUACACGUCCCUCAAUCACUUGGCCCAGGCGGCCCGGGCUGUACUUCAGAACACGGCCCAAAUCAACCAGAUGCUCAGCGACCUCAACCGCGUUGACUUUGCUAAUGUACAGGAGCAGGCCUCAUGGGUAUGCCGCUGCGAGGACCGUGUCGUGCAGCGGCUGGAACAGGACUUCAAGGUGACUCUUCAGCAGCAGAACUCACUGGAGCAGUGGGCAGGUUGGCUGGACGGCGUGGUGAGCCAGGUGCUCAAGCCCUACCAGGGCAGUGCCAGCUUCCCCAAGGCUGCCAAACUCUUCCUUCUCAAGUGGUCUUUCUACAGCUCCAUGGUCAUCCGGGACCUGACCCUGCGCAGCGCAGCCAGCUUUGGUUCAUUCCACCUGAUCCGCCUCUUGUAUGACGAGUACAUGUACUACCUAAUUGAGCACCGGGUGGCCCAGGCCAAGGGAGAGACACCCAUCGCUGUCAUGGGCGAGAUGAGGAAGAAGAAGAAGAGGAGGAGAGUGAAGAUGAACUGCCCCAAGAGAUCUCUCUCAACUCCAGUGAGUCAACUGCCCUCAGCUCAGAGACCUUGGAGCCCCCUGCCAAGCUGGCAAGGACGGAUGGACGGGGCAUCUUCGUGCAGGCCCUGCCCUCGAGCUAAAAGCCCUGGCUGUAUGCUGGGGCUCCCCAGGACUCUGGUCCUCAGAGGGCAGGGCAAGGGCUAUUUCAGGGGCCACCUACCCCAAACCCACCUCGGAGCUGUGGGAGUCCCACGAGCCCAGGCUUCCGGCAAAGGAGAAGCUCAGCCUCACCAGCCUUCUGCCCUCCCCCCUCCUCUCCUUCCCCCCAAAGACACCAAAGUCCCAGCCAGACUCCAGACUUCCCUGCAGCCCGAGGGAUUUGGUGUGUUUCUGCUCUGGCCCUGUCAUGGGGCAGGAUGCACUCCCAGCUACUGAGGGGGAAGCAGGAGAGCUCCUCAAAGCAGGGAAGGCAUUGGCCCUGCACCCCCUCACACCUGCAAACCCACCCCUUCCUGUGGCCUUUGUUUGCCCCUGCGGGGUAUGGGGGUGGGUGGCAGCACAAUCCCAGGGCAAGAACCACUUGGCUGCACUGGAAGGAUUUUUCUUAGGGGGGAGGGGGGCAGGGGAGCUGGCUCCUCAAUACUGCAAACACUGACACAAAAGACAAAGACGUGCCUUAAGGAACAAACUGAGCGUCCUGGCUGGCGACGGGCUCCCUGGGGCAGUGGGCAUGGCCCGGAACCAGAGGGAGAGUGGAGUAUCUUCUCUUCCCCUGGUCACCUGCACGGGCCCAGAACUGUGCCAAGCCUCACCCAAGGGGCUGUGUGCCCAGUAGGGAGUCAGAUGGCUCCCUACAAUGGGCAUGGUGGUUCCCGGGUUUCCCUCACCCUCUCCUCCUCCUCCUCACCCUUCCCCCCCCCCCCCAACUGAUUCCAAGCUCUGGCUUUGCACAGUGGCUUGCCCCCCACCCCCCCUCCAGGCUGCCUGGGGCUUAGGGGAUGCUGAGCUGCCACCUUGGACACAGGUUGUAUGGGUGGGGGGAGGAGUCGUUGCUCUUUUCGAGACCACUUGCUCAAGUGCAGAGGUCCCUUGCCACCACCCAGAAUCCUCCCUCCUCCCAUCCUCCUUGCUUCCCUUCUUGGUUUAAGUGCAAUUAAAGCAGUUCCGGGCACUGCUUUAGGUAAGGGCUUGUGGGUCAGGGCCCUGCCCAUCAAUCUUCUUCCCUGACACCCCAUCCCGCACCCUCUGCAGAGGGAGCAGUGCAGGCCUCCCAUCAAGCCUCGGGACAGGCCCUCUCCUUCAUAGGCUGUAUCUCCACCUCAGUACCCUUCCUCUGACCCAUCCAACCCAGGCCUGGAGCUGUGGCAGGAUCCUCUCCCCACCCCACCCCCCCAAGGGCAGGGGAAGACACAGCUGAUGGGAGGGAAUGAGCAGGAGAGGCUUCCUUAUUCCCUCCCAGCUUCCAAAGACCAGUGCUAGACUGACACUGCCCUGAGAGCUGCCAGCCUAACCCAGCUCAGGGAGAUAAGGCCAAGGUGCCUCCUCCCAAGUGUGGCCAGCCUCCCCUGGAGCAGGUAGGCAGGCAGGGGGCCUGGGUAGCCCUCACUCAUAAAAGAUCAUCCCCACAUACUUUCUUCCCCUUCCCCCCUCCCCCCCAACAGCUGCCCUCUAAGAUGCUGGUUUGUCAUGGAAUCUUCUUAGCUAUUCUAGUUUUCCAGAGAUCUGUGCUUUUGUAAUGUAAUGAUCUAACCCUCUCUCUAAACCACAUAACAUAUUGUGCGAUUUGUGAGCGAUAUCCACUCAGUCGGUAGCUGUUGGGGUUUUUCCAACCAUCAUGGCCUUAUUCGUUCCAAUUUUUUCAGUGUUUUCAACAUGUGAGAUAGAUGUUUAUGGCAAAACAAAACAAAAAAAUACCUGACCUUAUUGUAUAAAAAAAAAAAAAAAAUCACUAUUUUGUGUGCUCCAAGUGCAGCAGCUGAGGGGACUGGCCCCCCCACUCUGCUGGUGGCUGGUGCCACCUUGGGCCUGGGCAUCCAGGCCUUCUUCCCCGUGGUGGUGAAAGUGUCAAAGCGUGUGGUAGUCUAGAGAGCCCGAGCUGUUUUCUACCUUUUGUAGUCUUUCUUAAAACACAAUAAAUUCUGCUGUGUUAUUUGGCUA